CCUUCUCUUCAGCUUGGCUGGUUGACCAGCUCUUCACCAGCUAAGUUUGGGCUCCGUCUCUGCCAAAAACGGCGGACGCCAAACCGCAACCAUGGCACCCGUACUUCGCGCCCUCAUGGCCCGUCGCCUUGUCGUCAGCGGCAACGACAUCGCGGCUCUCGGCCCUCUGGCAGCGCGCGCCAUCCUUCUAGCCCGCGAUGACAACAAGCAGAAUGACCGUCCCGACCCGGAAAAGGGUCUCGUGCACCCUCAGGAGAUCAACAACAACGCCAUGUUCGCGCUCUUCGGCAUCCUCGGCGCCGCCAUCGUCAUCGGCUGCGUCUGGUUCUUCUUCUGGGCCAAGAACGGCGGCUUCUACUUCAGGGAGGACGACUGGGACGACUACAAGUCGACGGUCAUGCGUCGCAAGGUCGGCCCCAACGGCACCAUCUACACCGACGCGACGCCCAGCACCAUCCUCGGCGGCGGCAGCGUGUACAAGGACGUGGCGGACGACGACGGCAUGACGGAGAUGGACAACACCACGAUCGUGAGCGCCACCACCGGUAUCACGGGCAUCACGGGCAUCACGGGCGGCGUGUCCGACAUUUACGGGCGCGAGAAGCGGCGAAAGAAGCGCGAGCAAAAGGAGCGCGACAAAGAACGCCGGCGCGAGGAGAAGGCGCGCGAGAAGGAGGAUAAGAAGCGGAGCAAGCGCAAGGUCGGCACCGACGGCAUCAUGAUCGACGAGGAGGCCGAGGCCCUGGCCCAGGAGCAGCUGCGCAACUACCGGUCCGAGAAGCCCGCCCGUGUCGGUGGCAUCAAUGUCGCUAGCGAGGCGAGCGAGUGGGACGGCUCGACUAACCCCAGCUGGAGCGGCGUGGGCACUUCGACUGUUGAUAGCGGCAGCACCGUCACGUCGGAUUUGUUAAAGCACCAGGAGAAGCACGAGCGGAGCCCUAGCAAGAAGGAACGGGAUGAGGAGCGCGCGGCCAGGAAGGAGGCGGAGCGUAAGGAGAGGCGUGAGCAGCGCGAGCGGGAGCGGGAGCGUGAUCGGGAGCUUGGCCAUGACCGUAACCCUGAGAGAGAGCGCGAGAAGGAGAAGAAGACGGGCGGCAUUCGCAAGGUGUACUCGACAGCCGACAAGAACGCCAGCCGCGAAGCCGAACGGCUGCGGGCCGAGGCGCGUCGUCUGCGGGAACGGGAUCGUGCGGCUGCAGCAGCCGGGCAGCGUGAGCGCGAGCAGCGGUCGUCGAAACGGGACUUUAGCUGGCAGCACGGAGUGGGCGACGAAUCGUCCAUCGCGCUGCGCCGCAUCGACGAGCGGGGCGAGAGUGUCCUGGAUGAUGUCCACGAGCACGAGGAGGGUGUUGUUGCCACGGGUAGCAACGGACAGUACGCUCGGGUGAACAACAACGACUAUGACGAGGUCGACGAAGUCCCGCCGCUGCGUACGUCACGCGCCUUGGUCCCGUCGAGCUACACGGGGACGGAGAGCACGCUGACGGAGAGCGAGGUCAGCGGCCACAAGGUCUAUAAGCACCCGGUUCACAUCCCCGUCAGCGGCGCGGAGAGCUCGGUGGGAAGCGAGGUGUCGUAUGCGGAGGAGAGGAGGAAGAAGAGAAACGGUGCUGGGUACAGGAGGCAUCACCGGAGGGAUGGUGAUGGGGAUAGCAGCGUUGGCGGUUACUAAGAGAAGAUAUGACGAACAUGGGCUGGCUGGCUGAUGAGAUGUUAUGAUGAUCAUGACGAUUUGGAAAUGAAAGAGAGAGAGAUGGAUGGAAAGGAAUGUAUCACACUGAUGAUGGGUCUGAGGUGGUGAGUGAAAGAAGAGAAAUAAUGUCUGCACGAACGAGCUUUCCACAAGCACAAACAGCAACUUCUUUGUUCUUUUUGUCUUCUUUUUCUUCAAUGGCUGAUAAAUACCUGGCUGGACACAAGCAGGCGGGCGUUCUU